AUGAUGCAAGCUCUACUCAUCGCCAACUGUGUCUUCAACGCCUUCUUCAGUUUUACCGCCAUCACACUGAACAUUGUAACAAUAAUCGCUCUGAGAAAACCAUUGACGAUACCAAGAGCUCUAAAAAUAUUCCUGCUGAGUCUGGCUGUAUCUGAUCUUGGUGUUGGUUUACUGGUUCAACCUUUGUACAUUACACGUCUUGUCAUGAUGAUAAAAGAAAACGCUCAAACUCGAACUUUUGAGAUUACUUUGAAAUUUUUUUUCUCCACAAAGUGGUUCCUCGCUUCUGCCUCGUUCCUUGGUGUUGUAGCUCUAGCCGCAGACAGAUUAUUAGCUCUUCAUCUCCAUCUCAGAUACCAGGAACUUGUGACUCAAAAGCGCGUUGUUGCUUUAGUGAUCUCGAUUUGGAUCAUAAGUGCGAUUCUGAUGUUGUUGUCUAUAUGGAUUCCAAAUGCUCUCUGGAUUAUUUUUGUACCUGUUACAAGCGUUUGUUACCUAACUACAGCCUUGUCUUAUUUCAAGAUCUACUUAGCCGUACGUCACCACAGCAAUCACAUUCACGUCCUGCAAGCACAGCUAGCACAGAAUAAUGAGGGAGAUAUGACAAAUGCUGCGAGGGAGAGAAAAGCUGCAGUUGGUACAUUCUACGUGUAUUUGGUGUUUCUGAUUUGUUAUCUGCCAUCCACAUGUUUCUCGAUUAUCCUUAGAAGCGCUGGAUUAAGUACGAUGCUAUUCCAGUUUGGACUUUAUGCUAACACGCUGAUGCUCCUCAAUUCAUCUCUCAACCCCCUAAUCUACUCCUGGAAGAUGAGACAUGUUCGACAUGCUAUCAUGGAAAUACUGAGAAACAUAUUACCCCAUCCAGACCAGUGA